CGGUUUCACUGACACGUGGUUGCCAGGGAGCGGAAACGUCCCGCUGCUGUUGGCGGGCUUAAUCGGCAUCAUGGAGGUGGAAAUGAUGGCGGAGGCUGAGCGCGAGCAGAAGCCCGCAGACAGCGCGCAGAAGGCGGACACAGCGAGCUACCAGCUGCCCUGGGUGGAGAAGUACCGGCCGCUGGAGCUGAAGCACAUCGUGGGGAACCAGGAGACGGUGAGCCGGCUGGAGGUGUUCGCCCGGGAGGGAAACGUCCCCAACAUCAUCAUCGCAGGUCCUCCCGGCACAGGAAAGACCACCAGCAUCUUGUGUCUGGCUCGAGCUCUGCUGGGAGCCUCCAUGAAAGACGCCGUGCUGGAGCUCAACGCCUCCAACGACAGAGGAAUCGACGUCGUGAGGAACAAGAUCAAGAUGUUUGCUCAGCAGAAAGUUACGCUGCCCAAAGGACGACACAAGAUCAUCAUCCUGGACGAAGCCGACAGUAUGACAGACGGAGCCCAGCAGGCGUUGAGGAGGAUCAUGGAGAUCUACUCGAAGACGACGCGCUUCGCCCUCGCCUGCAACGCCUCCGACAAGAUCAUCGAGCCGAUCCAGUCUCGCUGCGCCGUGCUGCGUUACUCCAAGCUGACGGACGGGCAGAUCCUGGCCCGGCUGCAGGACGUGGUGGACAAGGAGCGUCUGUCCGUGUCCGACGACGGGCUGGAGGCCGUCAUCUUCACCGCCCAGGGAGACAUGAGACAGGCGCUGAACAACCUGCAGUCCACCAACUCCGGCUUCGGCUACAUCAACAGCGAGAACGUGUUCAAAGUGUGCGACGAGCCGCACCCUCUGCUGGUGAAAAGCAUGCUGGGACACUGCGUGGACGGAAACAUCAACGAGGCCUACAAGGUGGUGGAGCAGCUGUGGGCGCUGGGUUACUCCCCCGAGGACAUCAUCGGGAACAUCUUCAGGGUCUGCAAGACCUACCAGAUGGCCGAGUACCUGAAGCUGGAGUUCAUCAAGGAGAUCGGUUACACGCACAUGCGGGUGGCCGAAGGGGUUAACUCGCUGCUGCAGAUGGCCGGUCUGCUGGGUCGACUCUGCAGUAAGACGGCGCCUCCUGCUGCCUGCUGACCUCCUCGCGGCGGCGGCGGCGCUCCGCUCUGACUGCACCUGCUUCCUCGUUACACCUGAUAGAAACAUCAGAUUAUCUGAACUAUCUGCUGCAGUUAUAUGAUGUUGUAACUCGUGUUGUCUCUCAGAACAAUGUAAAGAACAGACUUUGUAAUAAAUCAUAUUUUUGUUGA